UAACCAGUUUGGGAGGUUCUCUCUCCGAAUCGCUCAUUCUCUUGACGCCGCCGCCCUAGUGCGUGCGCAGAUCGCCACCGCAGUCUCUCCUUUUUGAAUUCAUCUGUGUCGCGCCUGCGAACCCUCUAUUGUCUACGUGCGCCGUCGCCCGGGGCUAGGGCAAGCCGCCGCGCCCGGCCUUGUUUCCUCUCCCUCUUGCCUCUCUGCCUGCUCACGCAGCACCUCCGACGACGCUUGCGAGGCCUGCGCGUCGCCGCUGCUCGGAGAUAGGUGCUAGCCAAGCUGCCAGGGACCUUUUUUCCCUCAUGCACCAGUCCAGCGCCGUCGCUUGACACCUGCGCAUCCCCGAUCGAUGCCUGCACGCGCCCAGCGCUGCUGCUGGACGCCCGCGCAGCUUGGCGCCGUCGGCCGGUUCUUAUGCACCCUGGAGCUGGUCGCCUGAUCCUCACGCGCACGUGACUACCGCCGCCUCUGUGCCCUUGGGCACAGCCGUCGCCGCCUGCUGCCUUGCAUCCGAGGCAUGCCCGCGAUCAGGGCUUGUCUCGCGGCCAGCGAAGCUUGCCUAGCGGCGGGUCAACCUCGGGCCGGGUGUGACACCCCUCGCUUUCUCAUUGCAUUUUGCCUUCCAGGUUACCUUGCCCCCAGUCAACAACCCCAUCAACAUCUCCUUGACAGCCAGCUCAUCAACCAUCCAGUGAUGGCUAGUUAUUCGACUUCUCUUCUGAUCGUGGCUAGCGAGAAGUUCCAUCAUACUAUUCGGACAAUUUGCUCUGAUCUCAGAAAUAUGCACCUUGUUCAAGAAACCUGUAAUUUCGUCUCCCGAUUCUUCUCACAGGCAGCUGAUUUAUUCAAUCACCAGAGGGGUUUUGAGCAAUCACUUUCUGUUGUUGAAAGCCAAGAUGAUGAACUGACAAUUGAUGAACCAUGCAGAGUUAGUAUUAAAGGAUGCAUCACAAAAGGAGGCAAGCAAAAUCGUUCUAAGCAUAAUUAUGACCCACCUGCUGUUUUCAAUGUGCUGGAUACAGUAGUUGUGCAUACUAUGGAGAGACUGAAAAAAUUAAGGGAAAGCAUUACAAUUGUCAGUAGAGAUAACUUGUAUGAAGGCAUUAGCAAUGUUAUGAGUUUUGAAACUGAUGAUUGUGCAUUAAUUAGGACAUUGUGCACUGAAGGAAAAGUUUUAGUUGCCUUUUGGCUCCAUAAUGCAUUAAUUAUGAAAAGGGUUGCUCCAGAUCUGCACACAUACAACUUCCUAAUUAAUGGGCUUUGUAAGACUGGUGACUUAUCUAAUGCAACUUGGCUUCUUGAUGCUAUGAAGAAUAUGGGUGUAUUUCCUAAUCAUAUUACAUACAAUACCCUAAUUGGUGGUUAUUGUUGUUGGGAUAGUGUGGACAGGGCUCUUGAUCUUGUCUCUUCCAUGAUACAGAGUGGAGUAAGACCUAAUGUAGUUACUUGCAAUAUACUUGUUCAGGCUUUGUGCAAUAGAGGUCUUUUGGAUGAUGCAACAAAACUUCUCACAAAUAUACUAAAGGAGCAUGAGUCUCCAAAUAUAGUGACAUCAACAAUACUCAUGGAUGGACACAUCAAAAAGGGUGAUACAAUGCAGGCACACAUUAUUUGGGCUGAAACAUCGAGAAAAGGUAUCAAAGUUGAUCAAAUUGCAUAUAAUGUUUUGGUUAAUGGAUUUUGUUUGAUGGAUAAUAUGAAACUUGCUUAUAGAUAUAUUUCGGAAAUGCUCAAAAAGGGUUUUGUUCCGGAUGUGAUUACCUAUAAUACUGUUAUGAGUGGUCUAUUUAAAAGUGGGUUUGUUGCUGAAGCUUGUGAUGUAUACCAUAAGAUGUCUCUUUCUGCUGUUUUGGCUGACAGAAUCUCACACAGGUUAAUUGUUAGAGGUCUUUGUCAGCAGGGAGAUGUCUUACAGGCCGCAAUGAUUUUGGGAGAAAUGCUAAAUCAUGCUAUAGUCCCUGAGCCUCAUAUUUGGAAUCUGAUCAUCGAUGGCUAUGGAAAAUUUGGCAAUAUUGCCAAUGCUUAUUCAGUUAAAAAUAUGAUGAUUGCGACAGGUGUGACUCCAAACAUCUUCACAUUUAAUGCACUUAUCCACGCUGAAAUCAAAGGAGGGAAAUUAAAGCAUGCUUUAAUGCUGAAGAAGGAGAUGCUCAAUUAUGGGCUUGUUCCUGAUGUUGUUACUUUUAACUUGUUUAUUAGUGCUGCAUGCAAUAUUGGUCAUACUCAUUUAGCCAGAAAACUGAUCCAUGAAAUGUUGAGCAGAGGGUAUCAACCUGAUAUAAUUAGUUAUACAGAAUUGAUUAGAUGUCUUUGUUUAAAGGGAAAAAUCCAGGAAGCUCAACAAGUUUUCAAGAAGGUACAGGAAUCUGGCAUAGUCAUCGAUCAUGUGCCAUUUCAUAUUCUUAUUAAAUCGUAUUCAAAGGCUGGAAUGCUGGUUGAAGCUCUUGAUCUCUAUGAGAAAAUGACUGAAAAAGGUUUAGUGGGUCGUUAUUCUACGUACAAUUCCUUAUUUAUUGCACUUCGAAAGGGAGGAUAUCUCAUGGAAGCAAGCCAAGUAUAUGAACGAAUGGAUAAACUUCUGCAGCAUAGAUGUUUGUAUGGCCAACUAUGACGAGCGCUUUCAAAGGGAAGUAUGAGGAGUUGGGGGUUGAUAUGUAUAUGCAACAGUUGAUACUCGUCAUUUAUUUGCAUCUUUCACCCUAUAUAUCUAUUUAUAUCCUCUAUCACAUUUUUCUGAAUCUGAGAUUGCGAUUAGUCGUACAUUAUUCAUUCUGCAAUUGACAGGUAAAAAUGCUCCCAAUUCUAGUUAUGAGAGCUAUGAUGGUUGUAGGGGUGGCAUAUGCUUAAUUUGUUUGUUUGUUCAAGGAGAAUCACUAAAUAUUGUUCAUGUAAGAUCUUGUAUUUGUUACUUUAAUCAGUCAAAGUGAAAAAUUCAUAGAUUUUUUCAUGAGUUAUAGAUUUCUUUUUCUAUAUACUCUUCCUCACAUUUCAUUACUCAGUAUUUGAUACAUUUGACAUAAAGCCUAAAGAUUAUCUCCAAGAUCAAAUUAGUUUUAUCAGUUGGUUGCAACUGAAAGGAUCUGGAUAUUAGUUUUAUAGUCCAUCAAUUUUCACUAGAGGAGAGAGAGAGAGAGAGAAAGAGUAAGGAAAUGAAUGAUUUCAAACUGGCAAUUUAUAAAAGCAUGAGCAAGGGAGUACAACUGAAAGUGAGAUGGUGAUGUAGGACAAUCUAUAAGGUUUAAGGUUUAAUUUUUCAGAUUAAUGGAACGAGAAGAAAGGAAGAUGAAGAAUAAGAGGAUAGCCAUAUACAUUUUCAUGUUUGCUCUAUCAAAAGUAGGAUUGGACCUAUUUUGCUGGGAAAUCCAUUCUCACCUUUCCUACUCAUCAAGCUCACAUGCCAGCUCUUCCUUGACACUACCCAGGUGAGAUCUCAGUCACAUCUAUUGUUUUAAAAAGCAUCCACAUAAGCCCCUUAUACUGGCAUAUUCUUUUGUAGAGGUACUGUGUCGUUGCAUUGUCUAAGUUAUCAUGAUUGGAUUAGACUAAUUUCUGCCUGAAACAAACAAGAUGCAUAUUUUCUGUAUUGUGUAGAUCAAUCUGAUGAUUGCACAUAUUAGGGUUGUUAUGACAAGGAAAAAUAGGAAAGGUUAUUAUUAAUCAUAUUUUUUGAUUGAGCACCUUUCUUGUCUCAGUAGACAAUGUAACAAGUUAAUGUAAAAAUAAUAGGAAUGUUUCCAUUAAGCAGCUUACUAUUUGCAAAACGAUGCAUAGGAUAGUAAAGUUAAAGACUCAAUUGAGCUCAAACCUUACUCACUGUUUUGAAGAGAUCGGAGUGGAUUCUUCUUUCUACUCUUAUCUAAACUUAGUAAUCUUCUUGAUUUUCAUUACAUGCUAGUAUACUCUACUGAAAUUGUUUGAUGGUUUGUUGAAUAUUGCUGGACUUCCCAGAGAAAACUUGAGGCAGUUUUGUAAAUAACCUAA